CAGACCUCGUGGUAGUCGAUUCCACGACAACGGCCAUAUUGGAAAUAUUGAAUGUCUCUGUUACACAAGGGCUCAAAAGUAGCCGUGAAAUUUUCUCAAAAUCCUCGUAGUAAAGAGGAUAUCAUCAGCCAUGGAGAACUCAUACAGUAUCACUGUAACUAAUAAAUUUUCCCUGGCACUUGACGAGGACGAGGAUCCACUGGAAUUGCUUAAAGUGAGGGAGCAGGAGAAGGAGGCAAAGAAGAAGGAAAAGUUGUCGGAGAAGGAGAAUAAGAGCAAGCAACCGGAGCCCACUAAGCCUGCCGGUGUUAAGCCACCUAAACCUAGGGUUAUCAAGGACAAUCAGGAGCAUCAGAAGGUCCAGAAGCCCCAGGAGAACAAGAAGGAACAGGUGGAGAAGAAGCCCUCGCAGCCGCGAUCCAGUGGCAACGAUCGCAACGUCAAGUUCUCCGGAGAAUCGCGGGAAGAGUACAACAACAGGCGCAAUCGUGAGGAUGGCGACAGACCUCCCCGUGGUCACGGUGGUGAUAUGAGAAGAGGACCUCCUUCUGGCGAAGGCCGAGACAAUCGAGAAUUCCGCAAUCGUGAGUCCGGCGAUGGUCCACGCGGCGAAUUUGGCGAUCGUCGUGGUCCCCGCAGCGGCGGCCCACGCGGAGCUGGCAGUGGUGGCCCACGUGGUGGCAGCCGAGGCGGCCCACGAGGUGCACGUUCCGGUUUCGAUAGCCGAGGAAAACGUGAAUUCGAUCGUCAAUCAGGCUCUGACAAAACCAGGCAAACAAGGCAUAAUUACAGCGGGGUGAAACCAGUUGACAAGAAAGAUGGCGCUGGCAGCCACAACUGGGGAACCCACAAUGAUGAAAUUGAGGAAAGCCUCAACAACGAUCACCAGGACUGGAACACUGACAAACCCGACGCUGAAAACCCCAACAUCUCCUCCGAACUGAAAGACGGUGAGACACCAGCAGCUGACGCCUCCGCCGAGGAGAAGCCAGCUGAGGAAGAGGCCAAGGAAUUGACAUUUGACGAAUGGAAGGCUCUCCGUGGUGCACGUGCCAAGCCAACUUACAAUCUACGUAAGGCUGGUGAGGGUGAGGACUUGACUCGUUGGAAGAAGAUGUACGCUCUCGAGAAGAAGAAGGAGGGCGCCGAGGAGGAGGACGAGGAGGAGGAGGAUUAUGAUGCUGCUGUGGAGUACCCACAGCGUGUUGGCAGACAGAAACGCGUUUAUGAUAUUGAGAUACAGUUUACUGAUUCACGACGUGGAGGAAGUGGUCGUGGGGGACGCGGAGGACGUGGACAACGUGGGGAUCGUCAGAAUGGACGUGGCUUCGGUGGCAAUCGCGGUGGCCCUCCUAGGGAGGGUGGCCCAGCUGCUGAGCCACGUGCUCCUGUCGUAAGUGUCUCUGUGGAGCCUCCAGCAGCUGCAAUCAAGGUCGCUGGCCCCGUGGUGGAGCAAAGAUCUCCACGUGGACGUCAGAACGCCCCCAAGGUUGACGACGAGCACGACUUUCCCUCCCUGGGUUAAGAUCUCAUCUCUAUCUAAGCAACACACUUCCUUCAAUCCCCAUGGAAGAAGCGAAAGAAAAAUUAAUUAGAAAAAAAACAACAGCAAAACAAAUUACUCCCAACCAUAUUUUACCAUGAGCCAUCGUAACAACACAAUCAUCGACAUUUUUGAAAAAAAGUAAAAUAACAAAAACCAUCGUAAUCACUAUCUUUACUCGUACUCCUUGCUAUUUUAAACCUACAGUUGCCAACAAGUCGCGUAUGACACAGACAUUCAUUGAUGCAUAAUACACGACAUAACACUUAAUCCAUACACAUAACUGUAUACGUACUUGACAUUUAAAAAAACCCAGAUGUACGAAAACAGAAAAAAAAUAUUAAAACUACUGAGCCAGGGCAGCAUAUUACGAAUACCAGAGAAACGAGAGACACGAUAGGUAGAGUGAGAGUCUAAUGACGACAGGAAAAACCAAGUAAACAUAUUUACUACGAAAGACAAAGAAAAAUUCAUGCUGGUAUAACGUUAUUUGUUUGUAGACCCACCCACAGGUAGUUGUCUACAAUAACGAAAAAGACAAGCAGGUGAAAAAAAAUUGGAGUGAACGAGGAACGUGCGAACGUGAGAUAGAGCCAGAGUGUAUGUGAAAAAAAAAACGAUGAAUGCAAUUAUUCUUUUUGUUCCUUUUAACGAAAACUUUUUUCCCUUCUUGUUUCAACUUUGGUAUGAGGAACUAAUGGUCAAGCACACAAGAGAUUUUUUUUAAUGGAUAAAAGAAAAUGUCUCUCACAGUUUUUCGGAGGAAUAGUGUUUGGAAAAAGGAAAAAGACGUUUAUUGUAGUGUGUUGUGAUUGAUUGCUGCUUUCUUUUUUCAAAAUAAUUCCAAUCUUAACAGCACAACUGAAAGCAAAUGACGGAGUAAAAGAGAUAAUUUUUACAAUAAAAUGGAACAGAUGAGAAAAACGCAAUAAUGAACUUUUUUUUUACUUUUUUUGUCAAUUUUUAAUCUGUUGAUGUCGAUACAAGGGCCUAUUAUUGAAAUGCUAAUGAUUGGAUGGGAAUUACAAUCGAGUACGCUUGUAAAAUACAUCUGUAGACGAUGAUGAAUUUUUUGAAACACCUCGUUUGAUUCUCUUUUUUUUAUAUUGUGUAAAAAAAUGUAAACCCAGUGGUGUUUGGAAGCCUUCCUCUGCGCUGUUAAAAAAAAAAGUGACAAAAAUGAUUAUCGGUAGGACGAUGAAUUCCUGCCGUGCGUAAAAACUUAAGGAACUUGAUUAAAUAAAAAAGAAUGUAUUUCUAUAUAAGAAACAAAAAUUGGAUAUUUCGAAUUAUGGAUUAUCUGGAUAGACUAAGUUUGGCUUAUAUAGAAAUAUAUAGCGAUGAGUUUUUCUUUUGAGGAA